AAAAAUUCACGUUCCGCGGUUAUACGAUCUUCAACGACACAGUCACAACAGUCAAAAUCCCCCUUUUCCUUCUCUCCUCUUCUCUUCUGCUUCAGAAUCCGAUUCGUCUCCAACCCAAUUUCGCUCAUUCCCCGAAUAUCGAAUCCAACCCACACUCAUUUCCAAUUCUCUGAUCUCUGAUCACCUCUUUGAUUCUAUAUUUACAGUUUCACUCAGAUCCAAGCAAUCCAACAACUCCAUUGAAUCGGAAGAAUGGAGGGGACUGUGUUUGCUCCGGCUUUGGAAGGAAUGAAGAGUGUGAGAUCACCCGAAGGUGAAAUGCUUACCAAGCCUUUCUUGGAAGUCUGCAAGCAGAUUUUGCCUGUUAUAGAGAAGUUUGGAGCUGCUAUGACCCUGGUUAAAUCGGACGUGGGUGGUAACAUCACGAGAUUGGAAACCAAAUAUCUUUCCAAUCCUGCCGAGUUCAACCUCUUGUACAGUUUGGUGCGGGUUGAGGUUGAGGCCAAGACGGCAAAUGCGUCAUCCAGCUGCACCAAUGGUCUGCUAUGGUUGACAAGAGCGAUGGACUUCUUGUUAGAGUUGUUUCGGAACUUACUGGAGCAUCAAGAUUGGACUAUGUCACAGGCUUGUUCAGAUUCCUAUGCCAAGACCUUGAAACAAUGGCACGGAUGGUUUGCUAGUUCAAGUUUCAGUGUUGCCAUGAAGCUUGCUCCUGACAGGAAGAAGUUCAUGGAUGUGAUAGGAGGCGAUGGUGAUAUCAUGGGUGAUAUAGAGAAAUUUUGCACUAACUUUUCUCCCCUGCUUCAAGAGAAUCACAAGUUUUUGGCUAGUGUUGGCCUGGAUGAUAUGAAGGCUUCAUAAUUUCAAAGGUUUACUGAUGAGAAGAGGCUCAUGCAUUCAGUUCCUUUGCCUUCAGUUCCUGCUUGGAUCAUGACCUUGUGACUUAGCCAAAACUCCCCCAACUUCAAACAUGAAAAAUAAUGUGCGACUUUUUCCUACACUUCAUAUAUCUAUUUGGUUUAUGUUCAAUGUUAAAUGUCCUACUUAUAAUUGGUUAAUUUCCUGUUUUUGAACUUUUUAUACUUGGUAAUCACAGAGCCUUCAAUUGGUACUUGGUCUUAUAUGCUGUCUUGCGUUGUCCCUUUUGUGAAUUGUCAUGAUUAUUGGUUUUCAAGAGCACAUUCUUAUUUGCCGAU